CAUCGUUGUGAAGUGUCACUGUCAUCCAAUCGUUGUGUAAAUCACUAGGGUCACCGACUGAAUGCAUGCAGGUACUGGUAAAGAGUUUUUAUUUUCAGAUUUUGCUGCUGCUAGUUAUAUUGACUGUUGGCCAAGCAAGGAAAAGGGUGGUUCGUUCCUUAUUAAUCUUGUAGUCAAAGCUGCAGAAAACAUUUCUGAUCUUGCAGCAGCACCGUUCUUCUUCAGCAAAGGAAGGACUCAUUCAGCUCGUACCCAAGUCAGGAAUCGAACUAGAGGCAAUCCGCUAAGCAGUCUGACACCACCUGCUUGCAGGAAAAUGAAGACUGGCUUCUUGCCACCUAGAAUAAAACAAUCAGCAGGAAUAACAGGUUUAACAUUGUAAUAGUUGAUGCUGUAGCAACGACGUAAGGGAGGAGGCUACUUGAUUUUUCAGCUUCACGUUACAUAUUUAGCAAUUAUGUGUAACACAGUAAUGCUUACAUCUUUUCUACUUUGGAGUUUUCUACAGCCUGUUCAUUCUAAAGUUUGCAGCACCAUCUAAUCCCAAAGCCCUACCACCCAGCACUGGUAUGUUACCAGAAUGGUAGACGGUUGGCUUAUCUGUUAGCCUGUACAGUCAUUGAACUGUUUCAGAGCUUCCAUCAGCUACAUGGUGGAAACCUUGAAAUGACUUAUGGUCUCCCUACAAGAAGAUGUGAAGAAUUCAGUGUGUUUCUUUGAUCUUGAGCGUCUUUGAGUAGCUAGAGUUUGCUUUGUUUGGCUCAUUGUCAUGUCUUCCUGAAUGGUGUGACAAGCUAGAUCUGAAUACUCUGCUUUAGUAUAUUGAGAUAUGCCUCAUCCGGAUAUAUGAGAUCAAAAGGAGAGUUUUAAAUUAUUUGCUUUCUUUACCUGGAUUAAAUGAUUUAAAAAAACAACUCAUCUUCCACAGGUGGUUCAUAGUGAAGUGACAUAAGUAGGUCCUCAACAGUUGGAAUCAUUAUUUAUUCUUCUUGCAUUGCACUUAAACAUUCUAUAUGUUUGUGGAAAGGCUUGAUUAUGGGUGACACCCCUCCUGCAGCUCCUUUUUCUGUGCAUGUGUUGGUGACCAAAUUCUUCAAAAAUUUAGGGGUGCAAGCACCUUUUUAAAUUGUGUGUAAUAAUUUUUGUAUUCAGUACCAAAGCUGUGUUCUUCUUUGGAAUGGAUAUCUGCUUGGAUGCCUAAGCCUUUGUAUAGAUUUAUUUUCUUAUCCUAAUUACUAGGCCUACAUGCUUCAAAAAGUUAAUUUACAAGACACCACCGGCAUCAUCUUUACUUGAAGAAGCAGUUUUCUAAAGAAGAAGUUUAAUCUGUGAUCUUUUGGAUGCUACCAAAUUCUUUGUGAACCCUUCUUUGUGGAUUAUGUUCACUAUUUGCCUGAAAUAGGCACUGAAUUUUGAGAAAGAAUGAAACAGAAACACACCAAAGAUACAAUCAACUUAGCAUCAACAUGCACUUCAGAAUCUGAACAGGAGUAUGAGAUAGCAGCGAUCCUUGGCUCCCGUUUAAGGAAUGGGCAUACAGAAUAUCUGAUUCACUGGAAGGACUGUGACUUGAGAGAGAACAGCUGGGAACCAGAGGAGCAGCUGAAGAAUUCCCAACAGCUGCUGAGAGAGUACCUGCGCAGAUGCUCCCAGUGUAGCUGGCUGAGCACAGGCCAGAACCAGGCAAAUAACUUCGAAGUGCCUUUGAUGAAACUGGAGCUGAACAAAGAUGAAGAUUUGUACGUAACUGCUAAGGUCAUUUCUACUAGAGUUAACCAUUCUGAAGGAUAUGGGACUGAGGAUGGCCUUACAGACUGCGAGAUGAGGCAUUCCUUUACUGAGGAUGAAAGUGACGUUGAUGCUGAUGUGGAGGAUACAGAGAGCAGGGGGACACUUGCAACACAAAGGCGAAAGGCAAACUUCACAGAGGAGGAGAAUGCUGUGCUCCUCAAUGCCAUUAAGGCUGAUGGUGCACUACUCAUGGGACAUGGACAAAACCAUGAAGAACAGCAGUUUAGAUGGUCAGAAGUGGCCGCAGAAGUAAAUGCUGUUGGAGGGCACAACCGUGAUGUUCCAGAAUGUCGCCAGCGGGUCGUCAACAUGCGGUACCGUGCUAAAGCAAAGGUCUGUAAAACAAUUCUGCUUGAACAAGCUAGAAGAGAAAUGAGAAUGUUAGCUGCACCCACCUUGACAGAAGAUGAUAUCAUGCUGCUGUCUCUGCUUCCGUGUCCUGCGUACAACAUCGGGGAUGGAUGCAGCUGUACUCGGUCCAGGCUGAAAAAUACAGAAACUUUACAGCGAACAUGUUUAAAGCGGAAACGGAAACACAAGCUCAUAAAACAGGACACAACUGAAAGUGAAGAAGAUGUGGGACAAAGAACAGCACCAAGACGCUGGAACCUACAUCUCAGCCCAUGCAAGGCAAUUCAGAAUGUUAAAGAGGAAAGCAUUUCUCAGAUGCGUCCACUGUUGCUGAAAGGCUAUAAAAAAGCAGCUGCAAAACAACCGUGUAAGAAACUGCAGGAUAUAGAAAAGAGCUACCCAUUCACCUUACUGAAGUUCAGCACCAUUCCUCUGCUUUUUGCACUCUUCCUUAUUCCUAUCGGAGUUGUAUUAAUGAUGUACAUCCUGUGACAGUGGACUCAAGACUGCAGCGUGCUUCAAGAUUUAUGAGGGUGUUCCAAUAUAUAUAUAUAUAUAUAUAUAUAUAUAUAUAUAUAUAUAUAUAUAUAUAUGAUAUAAAUUGACAGUGGGGUUCUUGUCACACAGAUGCUACAGUGUGCCUUUGAUUUUCAAAUACAAAAUUGUAAGCAAUAUGUUGAUUACAAGUGGCCUUUCCUCUGUUUGUCAUUUGUUUCUUCUGUCAGCAGUGUCUUGCAUUCAGUUGCUGCAUUUUUGUUGUAAGAAUUUCAAUGAAAAGGUAAAUAAGAUUGGCAUGUUUCACCAUUUGGUAUUAUUUUUUUGUUACUGUACUCAAUAGCACUGCAUAUGUAAGGAUUACAAUAUAUGCAUGACUGGUUCUAUACUGGAGAGGUGAUACAUAAAUCAUAUUGCAUCUGUAAUAUGCACUGAAGAUAUGACGUAAUUAGCAGCUGUCAUGAAUUGUAUUGAAUGUGUGUACUACUGUAACAGCAAUAUGCUUCUGAAAUAAAUUUUAACUUUCACGAAA